UAACCUACAAAUUCCGAGACUAGAAUUGCUAUAUUCAAAAAAAUUAUUUUUUUGAGGAUUUCAAAUUGCUUGAAGUCCUCGUAGAACGUAGUGCUUACUUCAUAAUUAACAUUAAUCUGUGUUCGAUGUACAUUUAGUUCGUUGUUUUACAGUUUGAGGAUUAUGCGCAAAUAACUUUGAUUGUGAAUAUAUUACGUCAUCAAAUUACCCACAUAUAUAAUGAAAGACAAAGAGAGACCACCUAUAUUAAAUGUUCAACAUCGUAUAGUGGAAACAGUCGGACCAUGGAUAUUAAGAUAUUUAUCAGGUUCAACUGUUCAAGAUAAAUGUUUAACUAAUGGUGAAGAAGUAGAAGAUACAAACGAAUCAUUCAUCGAUGAAGAAACUGAAUCCGAUACAAUUUAUCUAAAAACUCUAGAUCCUAAGGAAUGGAAAGAUCAAGAUCAUUAUCAAGUUUUAGGAUUAUCAAAAUUACGAUAUAAAGCCACUGAAGCACAAAUCAAAAGUGCUUAUAGACGUAGAGUUCUUAAUCAUCAUCCAGAUAAAAGAAAAAAGCUUGGUGAGAAAGUUCAAGGAGAUGAUGAUUAUUUUACAUGCAUCACUAAAGCAUGGGAAACACUUGGAAAUAAAACUAAAAGGCGUGCUUAUGAUUCAAUUGAUCCUAAAUUUGACAACAGUAUUCCUUCCAAGGAAAUGGCAAAAAAAUCUGACUUCUUUCAAUUAUUUGGACCAGUAUUUGUUCGUAAUAGUAUGUGGUCAGAACAAAGUUCUGUACCACUUUUAGGAGAUAUAGAUAGUAGCCGUGAUCAUGUUGAUCGUUUCUACAAUUCUUGGUAUGGUUUCAAUUCAUGGAGAGAAUUUUCAUAUCUUGAUGAAGAAGAUCGUGAACAGGCCUCGGAUCGUGAAGAACGAAGAUGGAUUGAAAAACAAAACCGUGCAAAUCGUACUAAGCUAAAAAAAGAAGAGAGUACUCGUAUUAGACAAUUAGUUGACCUAGCAUAUGCCAAUGAUCCAAGACUUUUAAAAUUUAAAAAGGAGGAACAAGAACGGAAAGCAGCUGUGAAACAAGCCAAAAAAGAUGCAAUUAGACAAAAACAAGAAGAAGAAAUUAGACUAAGAGAAGAAGAAGAAGCCAAAGUACAAAAAGAAAAAGAUGAACGUGAGGCUGUAGAAAAAGCACAACGAAAUGCACUUAAGGCAGAAAAAGAAAGUCAAAAGAAAGCUUUGAAAAAGGAACGUAAACAUAUACGGGAUUUAUGUAAAACAAAUAAUUACUAUAUACAACACGGUGAUAAUGUAAUUGAAAUAAUGUCUGGUGUUGAAAAAAUUUGUGAUCAACUUUCUGCCAUACAACUUAAGCAAUUGGCUAGUGCCCUCCAAAUAGAAGGUCGCAAAGCAUUAAUAGAAAAACUUAAACAAAUGGAAUGCAGAGUUGAAAUGAAUAAUGUUAUUAAAAAUGAUAUCAAAAUUGUUGAAAAAAAUAAUAAUGAUUGGGAAACAGAUGAUGUUCAAUUAUUGAUAAAAGCGGUAAAUUUGUUUCCAGCCGGUACAAGUCAACGUUGGGAAGCUGUUGCAAAUUUUAUUAAUCAACAUAGUAAAAAUGGUGAUAGAAAUGCCAAACAAGUAUUAGCAAAAGCUAAAUCUCUUCAAAAUACUAACUUCACUGACAAUGCUUUAAAAUCUGAAAUGAAUGCCAAUGCGUAUGAUCAAUUUGAAAAGGAAAAAAAAUGUGAAUCACAAAUACCUGAAGUAGUUUCAGAACGUCCAGUUGGAUGGUCGGCAGACGAGCAAAAAUUAUUGGAACAAGCUCUUAAAACAUAUCCAAAUGCAGUAAAAGAACGUUGGGAUAGAAUAGCAGAAUGUGUUCCAACCAGAACGAAAAAGGAAUGUAUGAAAAGAUAUAAAGAAAUCGUUGAAAUAGUUAAAGCCAAGAAAGCUGCUCAAGUGUAAAAGAUUAUCAACUAUUUUAAAUACAUGUUAACAAAACUUAAUAAUGUUUUUAUUUAAUUUUUUUUUGUUUUGUUAAUAUUUUUGAACAAAAUUAAAUUUUUAACUCAAUA